UGGGCCGCCAUUUUGAUAAGGCGCUUUGUGUUGCAUUUGAGUGAUAAAGUGAAAUUGUUGUAAUGAUUAAUGUACUUGAUAAUACUUAAUCGCUUCUAAUAUUUUCUACUUAAUAAGGUAUAAAUGGAUAAGCAACAUGUGGUUACGUAGUGAGAAACGAAGCAGGGCAAUCAAUAAAUUUUCCUUGCCCUUAAGCAAACCCAAAAAAGCGGUGAGAAAAACCGGUUGGGUGCCCAAAUCCCGAACAGUAUCGUUGUACAAAAGCUGCUUAAAAUCCACUAAGAAGAAACCCUCGAAAGGAACCGAUGUCCCAAAAUCCGAUGUAUCAGAGGAGUGCAAGGAGAAUUACCAGUCCCAAGUGGUCCCGGAAUUGGGCGAAGAAGAAGAAAGAAAAUCGGACGCCCUGAGUAUCCCGCCUCCCAGCAUCGAGCUCGCGCCGCCCCCAAGGUGCUACGAGUACUACAACAGUUCGAGCUCCGCCACAAGUUCUUAUGAAUCCCAAUCUGAUCACAUCAUCAACCCCGACCUUCCUAAGGAAAUCGAAUAUUCAACCAUCGAACUGAACACCAUUGAAAACAUGAACUACGUCGAUAAAAUCCAGUUCCACGUCGCCGACAAGAAAGAAUGCGAGUACCAAAGGGACUACAGGAUGUUAGCGGAGAAGAUCUGCGAGAGCAUGUACUACGAAUAUCCUUCCAUGAAGACCGACUAUCCCGAUUUGCAAAUGGACAUCAACGAUUUGAGUAACGUUAAUACCCAAGAAUUCACCAACAUGCUGGACGAGGAGAUCACGAAAGAAGGCGGCCUGCAGAACGUCUACGAUUACGCUACUUUGUAUUCCCCGAACAUGCCCGAUAAUCACAUGAUUGCCAGCGUGCAAUCGCCCGAAGUCGAGAGGCUGGAUAGGCAACCUGAACACAUCGAAGUCGAGGAUACUUGGGAUGCUUUCGAUCCUUACCUGUUCAUCAAGCAUUUACCUCCGCUGACGUGCGAGAUGCGAUCGAGUUGUCCGGCUCUGCCUUUGAAGACUCGGUCGAGCCCUGACUUUAGUCUGGUGUUGGAUUUAGACGAGACGUUGGUCCAUUGCAGCUUGCAAGAAUUAAAAGACGCCAGUUUUCACUUUCCCGUUCUGUUCCAAGAUUGUUCAUACACGGUUUACGUGAGAACCAGGCCGUAUUUUAAGGAAUUCAUGGAGAAAGUGUCUCAAAUGUUCGAGGUUAUACUGUUCACGGCAUCUAAGAGGGUCUACGCCGAUAAACUCCUUAAUUUGCUGGAUCCGGACAGGAAGUGGAUCAAGUACCGGCUGUUCCGGGAACAUUGCGUUUGCGUUAAUGGAAACUAUAUCAAAGAUCUUUCCAUUCUUGGGCGGGACCUUUCUAAAACGAUUAUUAUUGAUAAUUCGCCGCAGGCUUUCGGCUAUCAUUUGAAUAAUGGUAUCCCUAUUGAAAGUUGGUUCGAAGACAGAAGCGAUUCAGAACUCAUCAAAUUGUUACCAUUUUUAGAGAGUCUGAUAGCAGUGAAGGAAGACGUCCGGCCGCACAUCAGAAACAAAUUCAAACUGUUUAGCUAUCUACCUCCAGACUAAACAAGUAAUAAAAGCAUAGACAAUCCUGUUUGAAAAGAAAAACGAUAUAUUAUAAUCUGUACUUUUCGUUCGUUUUAAAGUACUGACUAACUUGAGUUUGCUAUGUGCCUUGUCAGAUGAACACGAAAUUAAAUCUGGGAAAAUCGGAAACGAUGAAAGGCCUGUAUCAAUUCGUUGGAUCAAAUUCUGUGUUUGCUGGAUUGUUUUUGGAAUAGUAGGCAAAAAAACGUGAAAAUAUCUGAGGAUAUUUGUAAAUUCAGUGAUAGAAAAAGAAGUUGGAAACUCUGCAAGAUAUUCUCUUAUAUGAUGAAUAUAUUACUUGGAGACUCACUUAAUUUACAGAUACGAACUCGAAUAGUACAUAUGAUGCAAAUUACUUAUAAAUUCAUAUUCUUUAAAAUCCACACUCAAUAAUUUAAUUUAAAUUUACGAUAUUUAAAAGUUGUGCAAUAAUGGGAAAUUAAUGUGAUUGAAUUGGUUUUAGAUUAAAGAAAAGUCGCUGUACAGCGUUGGUCAGUAUUUUACAAUUUGUUUAAAUAAAAUUAAAAAAAAUCAGUAUAGUAUUGUAUAGUGAGACGUUUCGAUAAAAAUCGGCAUCAUCAUUUAGUUGAAUGGUGAUGCCAAUUUGCUAAACGUUUACCAAAACUGUAUAUAUAGGGGAGGAAAACAAUAGGAUAUAGGAUUUUCUUGCCAUUCGAGAGAUAAAUCCCGAAAUAUAGAUUAGUUACAAUACUAUGCACAAAAAUUUUAUUUGUUGUUCUGUUAUUUUAGGAUUAGACAUAAGUAUUAUAUCUCCAUGUUGUAAUAUUUUAUAUUUUAUUACAUAAAUCUCGUAUUCAACUAUACUUAUUCAAAUUGCUGUUACUCUUUUUGUUUAAAGUUAUGUUUGUUAUUUUAAUUUUUGUAAAAAAUUUGAAGAGAAGCGUAUAAACCUCAAAGAAAGGUUGACGAAAAUUUAAUGAAAAAGUUUUGAGGGCAGUUGUUAGAUUAUGAAGCAUUUCAGAAUAUUAUUUUAAUUUUAAACAUUAUUUAUUUACAAGAAUUUUUAUUAUUUUAAUCAAAACAAAUUGUUCACGUUACAAGUUAAUUUUAGAAAAUGCUAAUUUAUUUUAUUCGUAAAAACCCCUCAUGAUUGCGUUCAAUAAUUUUAUUUCUCAGUGUCGAGAUCAGAAAGAUGAAAAGGAUUUACACUAAAGAAUACAAUAUUUGUAAAAUAUUCGUAAAGCUGUGAAUUGAUUUCGCUUUUAAAAUUUUUGUAGAACCUUUAAUUUUAUUAAUUAUUUUAUUAUGCAUAGAAAGUAUAUUUUUUUUAUAAAAAUAUUUUUGUUGUAGUUUUAAAGUUGUAUUUUUAGCCAGAAAGCAGCCGAUUUAAACUAAAUUAACUAAGGCGACAAACAAGGAAGAUUAACUUAAUUAACAUUUGCAGUUUACUUAUCUUGAAAAUAAUUCAAUAUAUUUUUAUACAUUAGAAAAAUUUAUUUAUUUUAUAUUUACAGUAAAAAGUAGGGGUAAUUUUUAAUGUUAAUUUGUUAUUAAUAUGCAAUUUUGUUUCUGCUGUUACUUUAUUAGUUUUGUAGAAUUUACCAAAAUAAAGUUUACUACAGAACCGAAAUUAUUAAUAUAAUAAUACCUUAGCUUCUACUUCUAGGAGACCUGGGCCUUCUUCUUCGUCUUCUAUCCCGCUCCCUUUCAUCUUUAGCCGCCAGUCUUCUUUGCCUAUCUCGUCUCUCCUCUUCUUCCCUCAAUUCCAAACUAAUCGGUUUUCUAAAAGGCCUGUCUCGCCCACCAAACCUCAAUUGCCCAGAUUCUUUUUGGCCCCCAAAACCUCCUCCCAGCCUUCGAGGUUUCCAUCCUUUUAACAACCGUUCACACUCGAAAUCCACAAAAAUAAUGCUACCCUCAACAUUCAUCUUAUUAGCCUCCCUGUAGGCUUCUUCAGCCGAACUUUCUUCUUCGUACUCGAUAAAAGCGUACCCUUUAGGCAUACCUGUUACGAUGUCUUUGACUAAUCGAAAUCGCUUCAGUUUACCAUAUUUCGAGAAUAUUUCUUUUAUGGUCUCUUUGGUUACGUUGUGAUUGAGUCUGCUAACGAAAAGAGUGCAGCUGGGUUUGCCUUUGACGUGCCUAUUGGGCACAUACGUUGAAUUCACUGCCCUCUCGAUAGCCCUGUCAUGGGGCUCCACGUCAGUGCCAUCGAUCGAGCCUAUUUUGAUCGGAUCGUAGAACUUUGCGUACUUUGACCAAUCUGAA